AUGGCGUCAUUUUUGUCGACAUUUUUAGACCUGAAGAAGAACUGGUUCGCCUCUCAGCACAUGAAAACCAUCUCUAGAUGCCUCCGCAGAUACGGGCUUCGAUACGACGAUCUGUAUGACCCCUACUACGAUCUAGAUAUUAAGGAGGCUCUGAAUCACCUGCCCAAGGAGAUUGUGGACACGCGUAACCAGCGUCUCAAGCGCGCCAUGGACCUCUCCAUGAAGCACGAGUACCUCCCCAACAACCUUUAA